AUGGCGCUUCGCGGCAGCGCGCUGGAGCGCCGCAAAAGCGCGGGCCUGGGGCGGGCGGUUCCAGCUGGGGGCGGCCCGGCCAACUGGCUGCCGGCGACCUGCGGCAACGUCUUCGAGCUCUUCGACCCCGCCGCCUUCGCCGGGACGCUGCUCCGCGCGGAGCGGGAGCUCCGCCUCGCGCGUGCUGCUGGCUUCACCACCAUGCGGGUUUUCCUGCACGAAGAGCUCUUCUUCCGACACGGGGAGGAGUUCUUAGGGCGAGUGGAGGCGUUGCUGGGGCUGUUCGAGCGCCACGGCGUGUCCGCCAUGCUGGUGCUCUUCGAUGCGUGCUGGCGCCCGGACGCCCCGGAAGCGGAGGAGGACCUUUUCCUGGCCGACGUGCACAACAGCGCCUGGGUGCAGUGCCCCACGCACCACGUGCUCCGCGGCUUCGGGGCCAACGAGGCCUGGGCCGUGGCCCGGCUGCGGCGCUACGUGGAGCAGACGGUGCGGCGCUUCGCGCUGGACCCCCGGGUGGCGGUGUGGGACAUCUACAAUGAGCCCACCCAGCGCCAGAGCGAGCACCUGAUCUUGCCCCGGCUGGCCUCGCUGAAGGGAUGGCAGGGCUACCCGGAGCACUGGCUGCUGGAUGGGCCCAAGCUUCAGACGGUGCUGGCCUUGCUGCAGCAGGCCUUCGACUGGGCGCGGCUCGCUGAGCCCAUGCAGCCGCUCACCACCGCGGUGUGGGAGUUUCCGGCUGAGGGGGACGACGAGGACGUGAAGCAGUUCAAGGACAUGCUGAAUCAGCAGCUGCUGGACCUCAGCGAUGUGCCCUCCCUGCACUGCUAUUGCUCGCCAGAUGAGCUCGAGCAACGCCUGGUGUCGCUGGAAGCUUUGCAGCGUGGCCCGGCCUUGGUGACCGAGUUCAUGGCACGGGUCCAGAACUCCACCCUGAUCAACAGCCUGCCGGUGCUGAAACGGCGCCAGGUGCCUGCGGCCUACGUCUGGGGCCUCUUCAACGGUAGGUCCAACACCCACGUGGCAUGGAACACUUGGAUCAACACUGACUUCACAGAGAAGGACUUGUGGUUCCACGACGUGUUCCACGAGAAUGGCACCGCCUACAACGCAGACGAGCUGAUGCACGCGUGGUACCACACCACUGGCAGCGCUGGCCGCGUCUCCGCUGUCAGCGUCGCCGUGCUCCCCGGCGACGCGGAGCCGGAGCCCUUGGAGAUCCCUUUCAGCGAUGAGGAGGAUGAGGUGACCAUGCUGAGCAACUCGUCGGGCCUCAGGCCCGCGCCAGUUAGGCAGGCACGGACUCGCAAGACACGCCGGGUGACUGUGGUUUCCUCCGGCUCCGAUGGCUCGGUGGCUCACACAUUUCCGGUGCUGGCGCUACCGGUGGAGGCAGCGCAAGUGGACGAGGUGGACGAGCUGACAGCGGAGCUGGCAGAGACGGAGGAGCUGAAGCAGCGCAUGACGCGGCUGAUGGCUCUGGUCGACACAGAGGUGAAUGAGGGCAGCUUCGAACCCGACGGCGAAAAGGAGCACGAGACAUCCGUUGCCGAGGGCGAAAGGAACAGCAUGGGCGAAGGUUCGCCUGAGAUCGGCUCUGAGACUUCUCCGGCUGAGUCGCAGGACUUGGAAAAAGAUCCCAGCAGCCGCUUCGAGGUAGCCAUGGAUGGCCUGGAUGUGCACUACCGUCGGCGGCUGCGGCAGAGCUUGAAGGAGGUGCUGGUGCGAGAGCUUCGCCGCGCGGAGUUCAGGCCGCCGUGGGCCCCCUGGAAGUUGAGAACGCAGGAGGACACGUCCUUCAGCGACGUUGAAGGUCUGCUGGAUGAGGCCUCUAAGGCACACAGCUGGCCUGAUCCAGAUGGCGAGGUGGCUGAGCUGCUGUCCGAGCUGGCUAGAGGCGGCACCGUGGACCCCGGCGACUACUGGGCCAGCAUCCUACAGCCUAUAUUGGGACCCUCUCAGACGGUUGGCGCAGCCAAAAUUAUGUGCACAGUCAACACCCGCUGCGCUCCGCAGGUGCGUGGGGUCUUGCUCUCAGCGAAACCAGCCGCGCCGCCCAGCCCAGAUGCCGUGCGUUUGGGCGUCCAGGCAUGGGAUUUGGAAGGCCUACGGGAUGAUGUCGGGUGCUGA